AUGGGUGAGCUUGUAAAUGCUGCAAGAACAUUAGGUGAAACAGGAAAUUUUGUAGAUGGUUUUAAAAGACUUGUUUCAAAUGUUUUAACAAACACAAAGAAAUUAUUUAGAUAUACCGUACAUAACGGACGGAUUUUCGAACAGAUAGCAACAAACCCUCCGGUUAUGGCUGCGUUGAUGAUGGUUAGAGAUAUAAAACCACGUAACGACGGGAACGAAGAACAUGAACAACAGGAUACUGGUCGGGUUAUUCGAGACAUUAAAAACGUGUAUCCUGAAGUUAUUGAUUUAUUUAGAGGAGUUAAUGAUUCAAUUUCAAAACAUUCUAUAACCCUCGAUGAAGAGAAUAAAUUAACAGAUUAUAUAUUCGUCAUUAUUGCAGAAUUAAUGAAGAGAAUAAAUGAAAAAGGAAUUGGUGAUAUCAUUAAUGUCAGCGAUGUAAUGAUGAAAAGAAAUUUUGACUCAUUAUUUACAAAACCGAAAACAGAAUAUAGUCUUUAUGACGUAAUUACUGAAUUAAUGAAAAAGAUUAAUGAUAAUAAGAGUUCUGGCGGAAGAGUUGAAUUAGAAGUGAAUGAUGUUAAUGAGAAAUUAGCCGAAAAAGCAGACAAAAAUGAGCUUUUAGCUCUGAGUGAUAAAGUCAAGAACCACGUUCAUUAUAUAACUUCAGACGAACAGAUUAUAACGGACUACCAUGGAUAUUUAACACGAAGUGAUGAAGCGAAGACAAAAAAUGUUAAUGAAAG